AUGGUUCAAAACUGGUGUUCCUAUCCAAAUCCUAAGCCGGGCGAGGAGAUUGUAAUUUCUGGUAUUUCCGGAUACUUUCCAAACUGUGACAAUGUAGAUGAAUUAAAGUAUAAUUUAUACAACGGAAUUGAUAUGAUAUCUGAAGAUACUUCAAUCCACAGACAUCCUGAUGUACCAAAAUUUUAUGGUCGAUUAAAAGAACAUUGCCAAAGCGAGUUUGACAAUAAGUUUUUUGACAUACCCGAUGAACAGAUUAAAUCAAUGGAUCCAAUGAGUCGUAUAUUUGUAGAAAAAGCAUAUGAGGCAGUAAUUGACGCUGGAUUACAUCCUGACGAUUUACGUGGAACAAAAACUGGUGUCUAUACAGGAUCUUCAUUUUCCGAGGCGGAUAAUGAUUGGUAUUUUUCACCAGCAAAUGUUGACGGAUAUGGGGUGGUUGGAAAUAGUAAAGCAAUGUUAGCGAAUCGCGUAAGUCAGUGGUUGGAUUUAAAAGGUCCGUCAUAUAAUGUGGAUACAGCGUGUUCGAGUUACUUAUACGCCAUUGAACUUGCGUAUAGAGAUUUGCGAGCAGGUUUUGUUGACUAUGCAUUAGUUGGCACAGCAAAUGUAUGUUCAUCUGAAGUAGUAACAUUACAAUUUGCACGAUUGGGUUUAUUGGCAAAAGAUGGAGCUUGUCGGACUUUUGAUGCCAAUGCAACUGGUUAUGUAAGAUCUGAAACAAUCGGAUGCACGCUUUUAAUGCGUGCUAAAGAUGCCAAACGUAUCUAUUCGUAUAUUGUGCAUUCAAAGAGUAAUUGUGAUGGAUAUAAACCUCAAGGUAUUACUUUUCCAUCAGCAGAAGGUCAAUACAAAUUAAUGAAUGAAUUCUACAAUGAAAUUGCAAUUUCACCAAAAGAUAUUGAUUAUUUUGAAUGCCAUGGAACUGGUACUAAAGUGGGAGACGUUGAGGAGUGCAUUUCAAUUGAGGAAAUAUUCUGUAAAGGUCGUAAAUCACCGUUAAAAGUAGGCUCAGUUAAAUCAAAUCUUGGACAUGCUGAACCAUCUUCUGGACUUUGCUCAAUUGCGAAAUGUAUUCUAUCAAUGGAAUCUGGCUUAAUACCUCCGAAUUUACAUUUUUCUGAACCACGUAAAGAAAUUCGGGCUUUAACCGAAAAUAAAUUUCAAGUUAUUGAUAAAAUUACGCCUUUAACUGGCGAUUAUAUUGCAAUUAGUGGAUAUGGAUUCGGGGGAGCUAAUUCACAUUUGUUGUUGAAACGUUUCGGAAAAAUGAAAAAAAGUAAUGGCUGUCCAUCGGACGAUUUACCACGACUUGUUUGUGUGUCUGGCAGAACUCAGGAUGCAGUGAAUACAGCAAUCCACUAUGUACAAAAACGUUCCUUAGAUGCAGAAUACGUUCGAUUAUACCAUAAUAUUUAUCGUAAAAAUAUUAAAAAUCAUGAUUUCCGUGGAUAUGUGAUCUUACAAAAAGUUGAGCCGCGAAAACUUGGCCAUGUAACGAAGUUCAUUAAGAAAGAUUCGUUACCUGCUAUUUGCUAUGUGUUCAGUGGAGUAGGAAGUCAAUGGGCAGGCAUGGGCAUAAAAUUAAUGGAAAUACCAAAAUUUUCGGCAACAAUGCAUAAAUUGAACAAAUAUCUAGAUCCAUUAUGUUUAAAUAUAGUGCAGAUUAUAACAGAUGAAAGUUUAAAAGUUUUUGAUAAUCCGUUAUACGCAAUACUUGGAACCACAGCAAUUCAAAUUGGUUUGGUUGAUGUGUUAAAAGCAAUUGAGAUUGAAGCCGAUUAUUUGAUUGGUUAUUCCACUGGAGAACUGGCUUGCGCAUAUGCAGAUGGCUGUUUGACUGCUGAACAAACAAUUUUAGCCGCAUAUUAUCGUGGUCUAACAUUGUCGACCAAAGAAUCUACUCAAAUGUCUAUUAAAGGACAAGGAUUACGAAACGAAUUAAGAAAUUUAAUUCCAAAACCAAAGACCAAAUCUAAAAAGUGGAUUAGUAAGAGUGAAGAAACAAACAUAAACAAUAAUAAUAGCGGAAAAUUAUGUACAGCAGAUUUUAUAGCAAAUACUUUACAAACACCGAAUAAUUUAAAAGAAAUAUUAAAAGGUGCUGUUGAUAUGAAAACACUAUUUGUUGGAUCGUUAAUGCAAAGAAACGAUAACAAUUUAUCAACGUUUUUUAAUACAGUUGGAAUGUUAUAUACAAAAGGAUUAAAUCCACAAUUAGCAAAGCUAUAUCCAGAAGUGCAAUUUCCUGUUGCUCGUGGAACACCAAUGAUUGCGCCUACUGUAAAAUGGGAUCACACAAGAAAGUGGCACAUACCUGUGGCUCUUAGUUUUCGGGAUAAAACUUUUGAAAAACCCUUUGACAUUGAUAUGAAUAAUCCAGAAUAUCAAAAUCUUACAGGGCAUGUAAUUGAUGGUCGCAAUCUAUUCCCGGCAACUGGUUAUUUAUCCUUAGUAUGGAAUGUUUUCAAAGAUAUUACAUCAGAAUUCAUUGAAAAUAUAUCAGUUGAAUUUGAAGAUGUACAAUUUCUACGGGCUACAAACAUACCUAAAAACAAUAAAAUAACACUUACAGUAAUGAUACAAAGAUCAGGAAAUUUCGCAAUUUUAGAAAGUGAUUCAGUUGUAGUCUCUGGUCGAGUUAAGCGAAUACCUAAUAAGCCCAAAAAAUUUCUACAAUUACCGGAAGUGAAACCAAUUGUAAAUGAUACUGAUAAGCUACCUUUAAACUCACGUGAUAUUUACAAAGAGUUGCGUUUACGUGGUUAUAAUUACCAAGAUGAUUUUAAGGGCAUUUUAUCAACUGAUAAUAGUUGUUGUGUUGCCGAAAUUGAAUGGAAAACUGGCAACUGGAUUCCAUUCAUGGAUAAUAUGCUACAAUUACAAAUAUUACAACAAGACGCAAGAUUUUUGUAUGUACCGACAAGUAUACAAAAAUUGAUAAUUUAUCCACAAGAUCAGAGCCUUUCUAUCCACGACCACGAGGAUGGUAAAAGUUCAAUAACGGUUACAAAUUACAAAGAAUAUCGAGUGCUACAAGGGGGAGGUAUACAAAUUGAGGGUUUAAUGGCGACCUCAAUAAAUCGCCGUAUGCCCUUGGGUGAAGCUGUUUUAGAAAAACAAGAAUUUAUUCCAUUUGCCAGUUCCAUGUCACAAGUUUAUACUAUUGUUGAUGCGAUGAGAUUAUUUUUGCAACUGGGCCUAGAGAAUCAACCCAAUGUUAAAGUAAAAGUUGUAGAAGUUGAUAAUGGAGUCAACGAUAUAUUAACACCUAUAAUUUUUGAAGUUCUCAAUGAUUUACCAUUAAUUCAACCUGAUAUAACAGUUCUUUCAAAUCGAACAUUUCAAUUGCCAAACAAUUGUCAAGUUUCUGACAAACAACUACAAUCUGAAUCUAAAGCUGAUUACGUUGUGACCUACGAUUUAGCAAAUAAUCCAGAAGCAUUACUAUUAACAAGCAAAGUUUUGAAAGAUGAAGCGAAAAGUUUUAUAAUAUCUCGUGAAAAUCCCAAAAUAAUAACCAAUUGUUUUCCCAAUUAUGAUAUCUUAUGUGAGCUGUUUAUUGAAAAUGAAAAAUUACUGAUGCUACGUAAACGAAGACUGACUGGCAUCAAACCAGAAAUAAUAAAAAUAACAAAUGAUAUAGGAUUCCAGUGGCUAGAAAAAUUACAAGAAACAAUAAAAUUAAAGAAACCAAUAAUUUUAUUUUCGCAAAACGAGCCAAUCAGUGGAUUAGUUGGAUUAGUAAACUGUUUACGAAAAGAGUAUUUAAAUAAUGCAAUUCAAGCUGUAUUAAUAAAUGAUGAGAAUGCACCAGUAUUCGAUAUUAACAAUCAAUUCUAUAAAACACAAUUGGAUCUUGGUUUAGCUGUUAAUGUAUACAAAAAUGGUGUUUGGGGUGGAUAUCGCCAUUUAAAAUUGUCUGAAACAAAACCGAUGACCGAUACUGCAUUUGUUGACUGUAAAACUAGAGGGGAUCUAUCAAGCAUGUGUUGGACUGCACUACCAUUGUCUCUUAAACCAAAAUUAAUGGUCGAAGUUUGUUAUUCGGCCCUCAAUUUCCGUGAUAUUAUGUUAGCAACUGGAAAAUUAGGAAUUGAUUUUGUAGCUAAAGGUAAAAGUGAUCCGGAAUGUGUGUUACCAUCAGAAUGUGUGCAAGGUUUAGAGUUUUCUGGAAUUGGGCCAGAUGGAAAACGAUACAUGGGUCUAGUCCCACGUGCCGGGUUAGCAACACGCAUCGAAUGUGAUGAAGAUUUUAUAUGGCCAGUACCAGAAAAUUGGACAAUGGAGGAUGCAGCAACAGUUCCUGUUGUUUAUGCAACUGUUUACUCUUCGUUGGUGCGACAUGGUAUGUCCAAAGGGCAUUCUGUGCUUAUUCAUUCUGGAACUGGAGGGGUGGGAUUAUCCGCAAUAAAUGUUGCAUUACAUUAUGGUUGUGAGGUAUUCACUACUGUCGGAACCCUAGAAAAACGAGAAUGUAUUAAGAAACUGUUCCCACAAAUAAAGGAUAGUCAUAUUGGUAACUCACGUGACACAUCAUUUGAGCAAAUGGUUAUGAAAGAAACAAAUGGACGUGGCGUUGAUUUUGUAUUGAAUUCAUUAGCUGAAGAAAAGCUAUUAGCAUCAGUGCGGUGUCUAGCUGAACAUGGAAAAUUUAUGGAAAUUGGUAAAUUUGAUUUGUCCAAGAAUAAUAAACUGGGUAUGGAAGUAUUUAUGCGAGGUGUUUCAUUCCAUGGGAUUAUGUUAGAUAAUACAAUGUUUGGAACAGCUGAAGAGAAGGCAGAGAUUAAAUCAAUGGUAUGGAAAGGUAUUCAAGAUGGUGCUAUAAAACCAUUGCCCAGAACUGCGUUUGGGAUAGAAAAUUUAGAAGCUCCAUUUAGAUACAUGAGUGCUGGUAAACAUAUUGGUAAAGUGUUGAUAAAAAUUCGUGAAGAUGAAACACAAAAAACAGUGAUGGUACCUGCAGCUCCCAAGUUAUAUGUAAAACGUAACAAAUCUGUUGUGAUUAUUGGCGGUCUUGGAGGAUUUGGAUUGGAGUUAGCAAACUGGUUGAUUCAGAGAGGAUGUAAAAAUUUAAUCUUGUCAUCAAGGCAAGGUUUAAAAAAAGGAUACCAAUCAAUACGAGUGCAGAAAUGGCGUUCAGCUGGUAUAAAUGUACAAAUUUCCACAUCAAACAUUUCAACAAAACAAGGAUGCACAGAAAUAUUAAAAUUUGCCAACAAAUUCGGUCCUGUUGAUGGUAUUUAUAAUUUGGCUGUAUUAUUACGUGACGCAUUGUUCGAAAAUCAAACAAUUGAAAAUUUCCAAAUAUCGUUUGGUGGUAAAGCAUUGGGUACAAAAUAUUUGGAUGAAGUAAGCCGUACGCUAUGUCCAGAUUUACGACAUUUCGUUGUAUUCUCAAGUGUAUCUUGCGGACGUGGUAAUGCGGGUCAAACUAAUUAUGGUAUGGCCAAUUCAGUGAUGGAACGCAUUUGCGAGGAACGUCACGCGAGGGGAUACCCAGCACUUGCGAUACAAUGGGGUGCUAUUGGAGAGGUUGGUCUUGUGGCCGAUAUGCAAGAUAAUGACGCGAUAUUAGAAAUUGGUGGAACACUUCAGCAAAGUUUACACAGUUGUUUUGAUGCCAUGGAUAUUUUCUUGGCACAAAAGUCCCCAGUUGUUGCAAGUAUGGUAGUUGCUGAGAAAAAGUACGGAUUUAGUGCUGGUGGCAAUAUUUUGGAAUCUGUUAUAAGUAUUAUGGGUAUACGAGAUUAUACAACAGUUAGUAAGCAUGCAAAUCUAGCGGAGAUUGGUAUGGAUUCAAUGAUGGCAGUAGAAAUUAAACAAACACUUGAAAGAGAAUUUGAAAUAUUUUUAACACCACAAGACAUACGAAAUUUAACAUUUUCUAAACUAGCAAAUCUUCAAGCAGAACGGGCUGAAAAAGCAGAAACAGAUACGUUAACGAUUGAUAAUUCGAACUCUGACGAAGACUUAUUUAAAAUGUUGAUUCGUACAUUAGGCGAUGAAAAGCAACAAACCGAACCGAUUGUUGUAUUACCAUCCAUGCAAAAUAGUCGUAAAUCACUUCCAUUAUUCUUUAUUCCUGGUAUUGAAGGACAGUGCCCACUAUUUGAACCAUUAUGUGCAAAGCUGAAUUAUCAAUGUUAUGGCUUACAACUUUCAUUUACAGAUACUACUAAUAGUAUUACUAAAAUAUCAGAAAAUAUGAUUGCAUUAAUUAAGUCAAAACUAGCUAAAAAUGAAGAUUUUGGUAUUAUUGGCUAUUCAUAUGGUUCUAUGUUAGCUACUGAAAUUUGUAAGCAAUUAGAAAAAUUAGGACACAAAGGACGUUGUUUAUACAUAGAUGGAUCUCCAACAUUUAUGAAAACACUGGUUUGCAAACAAUUUUCAAUGACAAGCGAUACACCAGCAAAUAUUAUUGAAUCACGAUUGAUACUUAUGAUAUUAUCAUGGUUUUUUACUGGAAAUUAUACUGAUAUUUUGAAUGAACUUGAAACUUUACCUGAUUGGAAUUCACGAACGAAUUUAUUCAUAUCAAAAUUACCCGAAGAAAAAUCAAUAUAUUCUACGAACUAUUAUCUUACAAUGUGUAAUGGAUUAUUAGCAAGAUUUCAAUCAGUUAUAAAUUAUGACCUAACGGAAGUAAAUAAUUUAAAUGCUUCAUUAGCGUUGGUACGACCCACCAUAAAAGUGUUAAGUGAGAAAAUCAUAUCUGAAGAUUAUGAUUUAUCUAAGUUGGUAGAUAAAGAAUCAUCGCAGAUUCCCGUAACAGUACUAGAAGGAGAUCAUUUCACUGUUUUAGAGAAUCCCUCAUUACCAAAUUUAGUAAAUGAAUUCUUUUCCUAG